CCGGUAGAGAUGCAGCACUACAACAACAACUACUACUACUAUUACAACUACAACUUGAGCUAUGAGCCGCCAGAAGAUCGAUCGCUGGGCGGCGGGGGAAAGCGGAGCGUUCGCCGACUGCAGCAACUGGUGCGAAGGACGCGGCACGAGCUGCAGCAGUGGCCGCUGCUGAUGCAGCUGCUCCUGUUCGUGCUUUGGCUAAAUGCCAAGUUCUGGCAGCUGGUCAACGAACAGGUGACCUACCGCCGCAGGAGGUGGCACUGAGGGGCGAUGGACAACCGGUCCGCGUGUUGCUUGGUAUGAGUUCGAUCUAGGCUUAAGUUGUGAAAAUUAUGCCCACACUCUUACAAUCUCAUCUCAAUAAAAAUAAUCAAAAUUCGCUGCGUAGUGGAAGCAGCGAACUUCAGCCAAAGCUUCUGUGUGAACUUAGCAUCCCGAAACGAAAGCAGAGAAAAAAAACAGAGAAAACAAAUUCUGAACACCCAGAAAACAACGAGUACGAGCACUGUAGCUUGUGCUACUCGUUACUUUAUCACGAACUCGAUUCAUCAUCGUGCGCUCCUCAUCGUUGUCGAUCUUUCGUCGUUCCUCUCUCGUCGUUUUAAGCUCGUCUCUUUUACUUCUCUACAACUCUACUCGCUCGUUCAUCCCUCUUCGUUCUUUCUAGCUAUCGUUCCUAGUCGUUUUUGCAUGCCAUACAUUCUUAGAAGUUUCUUUUUUAUAUCGCUACGUAUUUCUUUGCACACAUUAUCAUCGACAUCGCAUACCAUCAUCCAAUCCCACCCGAACCAAACCGAAACCAAACUGAAACCGAACCAAAAACAAAACAAAACACAGUAGUCGACAACGCUAAUUCAAUCAUAUCAGUAUCAGUCAUAAACAA